CACGUGCCUCUGUCAGACUGGCUGUCUCGCAUCUGCUCUUCUCCCUCUUGCCCAUUUACCAUCUGAUAGGAAACAAAUCCUGCUAGGUUUUAAAAUAGACAUUGAGGCAGCAGCCUCUUUUCUUCUUUCAGCAACAACGUCAGUAGUAGCAGCAGCAGCAGCAGCAGCAGCAGCAAGGAAAAUGGGUGAAGAGGAGAUGGCCAAAUAGAUCAAACAACCUGCCUUCCUUCACAGCUGAUAAAAUCACAACCUUGACAAAGCUUAGACACUGACCGUGGGUGGUAGUCACAGCAAAAGCUCCAUCCCGGCCCCAGCCCAGCCCCCCCAAGAGGCCCGGGAUGCAAGGGGGGGUUUGGUGGCACCAAUGGCCUUCAUGUCCCGGUUGUCCCGGAGUGGAUCUAGGGCUCCUGUCCGAAGGAUGCAUGAUGACACAGUCAGCCACCCCAUCCUCAGUGUCUUUGAGCUGGAGAGGUUACUGUACACAGGAAAGACCGCCUGUAACCAUGCUGACGAGGUGUGGCCAGGACUCUACCUGGGAGACCAAGAUAUAGCAGCCAACCGCCGUGAGCUGGCACGCCUGCAGAUCACUCAUGUACUCAAUGCUUCACACAGCAAGUGGCGAGGAGGUGCUGAUUACUAUGAAGGAUCUGGCAUCUGCUAUAUGGGUAUUGAGGCACAUGAUUCACCCACCUUUGACAUGAGCCCCUAUUUUCAGCCUGCAGCUGACUUCAUCCAUAAGGCAUUGAGCAGAACUGAAGGAAGGAUCCUGGUUCACUGUGCUGUAGGGGUGAGUAGAUCAGCCACCCUAGUCCUCGCCUAUCUCAUGAUUUACCAUCAUUUGACCCUGGUGGAGGCUAUAAAGACCGUCAAAGACCACAGGGGUAUCAUCCCCAACCGAGGUUUUCUGCGUCAGCUGUCUGUCCUGGACAACUCCCUCAGACAGAAACAGAAAAUAUAAGUGUAUGUGGGCCACAGGGAAACAACAUGGAGCCCACUCUGUUGGCAGAUCUGAGGCAUUUCGGGAUCCUUUGGGCUCUGCUCCCCAAUGGACUUCUGCAAGCAGGAGUGUUAUCGUUCCUGCUUGCAGAAGUCCAGCUGUAAGCCUCCCAAGGUCAAUGGAGCCACAGGUCCCUAAUAUUUCUGUCAGAGUUGGCUUCAGGCAUCAGCUGGAAGUAAGCAAAUUCUGAUUAUCCAAGACGAAGAGGAUUUUUCCUCCCUCUUUUCCUGUAGACAUUUGAAAGCCAUAUAAUUGGGUUCUUCUAAUGACAAGUCCUGCUCUCAGGUGGAAAGAGCUAUAAGUUGCCACAAUUCCUUUGGAGUGAUGUGUGAUAUGUUUUUGUUUUCUUGUUUUUUUGUUCUUGCUUCUUAUGUGCUUGUCACUUUUGUUGAACAGCUUUGAUAGUAUUUACUCCAACCCCGGUAAUUCAGCAGUGAGAAUAAAAUUUUGCA